GCCCCUCCCGGGUUGGGCCAGGCUCCCCGGCCAUGUGACCCCGCGGCCCGUCUGGGACGCGACGGGACGCGCUGGGACGGGCGCCGGGGGUCGCGGGCAGCAUGGAGCGGAGGUGGGUCUUCGUGCUGCUCGACGUGCUGUGCGUGCUGGUCGCCUCUCUGCCUUCCGCCAUCCUGACGCUCGUGAACGCCCCGUACAAGCGAGGAUUCUACUGCGGAGAUGACUCCAUCCGGUACCCCUACCAUCCAGACACCAUCACCCACGGGCUCAUGGCCGGGGUCAUCAUCACCACCACCAUCAUACUUGUGUCGGCCGGGGAGGCCUACCUGGUGUACACAGACCGCCUCUACUCCCGCUCCGACUUCAACAACUACCUGGCCGCCCUCUACAAGGUGUUGGGGGCGUUCCUGUUCGGGGCUGCAGUGAGCCAGUCGCUGACAGACCUGGCCAAGUACAUGACCGGCCGGCUGCGGCCCAACUUCCUGGCCGUGUGUGACCCUGACUGGAGCCGCGUCAACUGCUCCGUGUACGUGCAGGUGGAGGUGUGCAGGGGAAGGCCUGCUGACGUCACCGAGUCCAGAUUAUCCUUCUACUCUGGACACUCCUCCUUUGGAAUGUACUGCAUGAUGUUCUUGGCGCUCUACGUGCAGGCCCGGCUGUGCUGGAAGUGGGCACGGCUGCUGCGGCCCACCGUGCAGUUUUUCCUGGUGGCCUUUGCCCUUUACGUGGGCUACACCCGUGUGUCUGACCACAAACACCACUGGAGUGAUGUUCUCGUUGGCCUCCUGCAGGGGGCGCUGGUGGCCGGCCUCACUGUCCGCUACGUCUCCGACUUCUUCAAAGCCCGGCCCCCGCAGCACUGCCUGGAGGAUGAAGAGGUAGAGCGGACACCCACAUCACUAACACUGGCCCUGGGCGAGGCUGGCUGCAGCCUCUGCGGGUCCCCUCCUGCUGGGGCUCGGGCUGUGGGCAGCGAGCGUGUCCAUGGUCCUGGCAGGCCCCUAAGCCAGGAUGGCUGGACCCUGGCGUGGGUUCCACUAACCCCACCUCCAUGCACUGGGCUAGGGGGUACCUGGGGCAGCCCUAGCGUGUGGAGGGGGACUCUUCCUCAGAAUCCCUGUCUUUUGUUGGAUUAGGGAAGGGACUGAGAGAUCCCAGUGGAUGCCGGUUUUGUAAAAUGUGACGUCUAUGUGGAUUUUUAGUAAAAUAGGGCGUUUGCUUGA